GGUAUCCUGAGGAUAUUCAGGGACUUUGUGCCUCCACUGUGAUACGGGGCAACCUGAAAGUCUACCGUGGGGAGAAAGACAAUGUCCAAAGCAAGGAAGGCUAGAAUCUGCCCUCUUCCCACCAUCUUCUGCCUUGGUAGGGGACAUCUGUAAGACUGGGUAGUCUUGGGCACCAGACUUGAGGGAGAAUAUUGUUGAGCUGCAGACUGGCAGGAUGCUGAGGGCUCUGGGCAAGCAAAAGCAAUCGAAGGAGUUGGGGCUGGUUAACCUGGAAAAGGGGCUAGGUUGAGAUCUCUGAAGGAUGCUAGUGCCGAGGAAGAUUUAGCUUCUUCCAGGGUUUAAAGGGUGGAAGUUCCAGGGAGGCCAAAUUGAUUUCAGGGUGAGGGAGUCCAGCUCUAUCCAAUAAGCUUCCUGUCCCUGUCCCUGUUCCUGUCCCUGUCCCUCGAGAUUUAGAUGAGUACCUUCUGGGAGAUGGAGGGUUCUGGUGCUGGGCAAGAGCUUGAGCCAUAGUUGUUUCUAAAUCCUGCAUUGUAGCUUUUAGAAAUUCUUGCUGAUAAUUUUUUCAAGGAUUAUCCCUGGAGCAUUUUAAAAGUAUUUACUGUGUUCUAGGCACUGUGCUAAGCCCUGAGGUUAUCAUAAAACCAUUCUAGAUAGUCUUUGUCUUUAAAGUUUUUGUAUGUCUAAUUGGGGAAGACAACAUGUAAAGGGGAGCUAGAGAUGGAGGGAAUCUACAUGUGAUUGUGUGACUUUGGGAUAUCCAGGGAGAUCUAGGGCACUCCAGAACUUAGCAAGCACAAAUCAAAGUGCAGAAGAUCAUGGAAUUGGGGGUCAGAAGCCUUGGGUUCUACUCCUGCACAUCAUAUCCAUAAAUUAUGUGACCUUGGGCUAGUUAUUUAACAAAGUAAAGGAAAAAGCUGUCGUCAAGUGCCUACAGUGUGCCAGACAAAGCAAAUACGAAGCAGAAACCAGUCUGUGUCCACAAAGAACUUACGUCCUGUCAUGGGAAACGAUGUGUACAUAAACAUACAUGAAAUUAAUAUCUGGUAAUUUUGUGAUAGGGACCCCGAAGUGCUGGGAAGAGCAGAAAAGACCUUCUUGAGGAAGAUGUUACCUGUAUUGUCACUGCUGCCUAGGUGACAUUGUUCUUGAAAGAGAUGCCAAAGUCCAGCUCCCAGGAAAUUGGGGAUUUCAAGAGGUAGUCAGGGGCACACCCCUCAGGAAGGUGUGGAUAAGGCCCCAACCUGGGAGAUGUAGCCCCAGCAGCCAAGAGCCGCUUGCAGCAUACUGGGAUCAGCUCACUGUAGCAGUGGACGAGCACCUGGGAGUGGCUUGUGACAGAAGAAACCUCCCAACAGACUGAAUGGAAGGAGCCCAUAAUGGGAGAGCCUGGGCUGCAACUACUGCCACUUGCCUGCUAUUAGACCCUGGAGAAAUGCACCAGAAGCUGAGAUAUCCCAAAUGGGUCUAUCUUUCUUUCCUUUUGAUGAUGCUGGGACACAGCUAUUCCUCCUCCAGGCAUAUGACAGUGGAUCCUCCUCAUAAUCUGAAGAUUGUGGAUCCUGGCUUUUUAGGUCACCUGAAUUUGCAAUGGCAACCCCCUCUAACGUUGGGCAUGUUCCAGCACUGUACAGUACAAUAUGAAUUAAGAUAUCGGAACGUUGAUAGUGAAGACUGGGAGACCAUCAUUACUAAGAAGUUAAAUUAUGAAGAUGGCUUUGACCUCAACCAGGGAGUUGAAGCAAAAAUCCAAACACUCCUGACGGGCCAUUGUACAAACGGAUCAGAUGUUCACAGCAAAUGGAUACAGACUUCUUUCUGGAUUCCCUUGCAAGGAGAGCCAGAGACCAAAAUCCAGGAAAUGCAGUGUAUCAAUUAUAACUGGAAAUCUCUACACUGCACUUGGAAACCAGGAGAAAAAAUUCCCAAAGGGGCAAAUUACAACUUGUAUUAUUGGUAUAAGGGCCUAGACCGUGCUGUCCAGUGUGCUGACUAUAUAGAAUCUAAUGGAAGACAUGUUGGAUGCCAAUUUCCAAGCAUGGAGCUUGCAGAGUAUCAAGAUUUCAACAUCUGUGUUAAUGGCUCUUCAUUAGCCCUUCCUCUGAGGGCCAGCUACUUUUCUUUUCAACUUCAAAAUAUAGUGAAACCUUCUCCCCCUGAACAGCUAAAUCUGACUCAGAGGAACCCUGAAGAGCUUCACCUGGAGUGGAAGCCACCUGAGGGACCCGUCCCCUCUCAUUGCCUGACAUAUGAAGUUCAGUUCCAAGAAGAUGACGCGUCCUGGGUGUCCAGAUCGACGGAAAAAGAAAUGAUCACCCUGCAAAAAUCAAAUGGAAGUAGAAGAUUCUGCAUCUGGGUCAGAGACAAAGUGAAUAUUUACUGUGCCAAUGAAGGGUUUUGGAGUGAAUGGAGCUCCCAGCAGUGCUUAGAAGAGCAACAAGACGAUGACAGCUGGCUUCUCUUUAUCAUCAUCCCAGUCACUUUAAUCAUGCUCAAUGCCAUUUUGGUAGCUUCAUUGUUGGUGCAAAAACAAAGAACCUGUUUGAAGCAGGUUCUUGGCAAAAAGGAAGUCCAUUUCUACCACGAGGCAAUCUACUGAUAGUCCACUUCCCAGUCACACAUCCAGCUGGCUGCUCCUUCCCCAGCAGGAAGAGAGAGUCAACCUUAUUUGUUGAACACCCGGAGGAAUCUUCUGGCAUCCGAUUUCUCUUAGGAUCGUCUCUGAGAGCAGCAAUGACAUAUUUCAAAUGACUUUAGAAUAUGAACACAGAUGUAAAUAUACAUAUAUGAUAUAUUGAGCAUGUGUGUACACAUACAUACUAUAUAUAUGUAUAUGUGUGUAUAUAUACAUAUAAAUAAUUUUUUUGGAGGGGGUUGUUUAUAGAAGAAAAAAAAAUCACCUUGUGUUGUAAGCUUUCUAGUUCCCAAUAAUAGGCCCGCUUCUUGUGAAUUUUUAAUGUUGCACAAUGAAGAAGCCAGGGAUAAGUGUUUUUUAAAAAUGAUCUGUUCUUAAAAAAAUGUGAUUUCAUAACUUGUACAAAGCUGAGCCACCCCGACUUUGCCAAA